AAACAAGACUCAAAUGAGACAUGCAAGCACCGCAUGCAUUCUGCACAGGCGUCAAGAAGCAUCUGCCUUCAGACAACUUAAAAACUUGUUUGACAGAGAUUAGCUGUGUGCCGGUCGGUGUGACAGUCAUGAAGGACGGUGGCGGGGCAGGAGAACCGACGGAGGUUUCCCGUCAGGAGCUUUAUGAGGCUUAUGUGAACUGUUACGUUCAGCCGUGCACAGAGGUUCAGCCGUGUCGCGAUGCCGAGCUGAUGAAGAAAGCCACUCAGUAUCUGCUCAGGGAGCCAAGAUCCAGAGACGCUUUCACCGUGUUCCCGUUCUACCAGGCUGUGGGCGAGAACUGUGAUGCCCUCGGUACUGACUGCAGGACACACCUGUCUGCUUUUAUCAAAGCCACCGAGCUGCUGGAAAUUAUCUGCGUCAAUCUGUUUCUUCAGCCCUGGAAGAAGGAAAUCAGGACACUUAAGACUUUUACCGGUCCCUUUGUUUACUGUCUCUUGCCAGUUCUCAGCAGUUCUACCCUUAAGUCAGUCCUGGCUUCUAUUGGCUACCUGCCCUAUACUGACACCCCACAAAGCGAGUUCAGACUCAGAGAUGAUCCCAACCCAGACAGAGCCAUGAAACUGGGCUUUGAGCUGCUGCUGGCCAGGGUGCAAUGUUCCCACUUCCUGGAGCUCCUGGAGAAGGAUCAGCUGGGACCAGUGGAGUGGCUGGAGGUUCUCCAGAGAGAGGGGUCUACAAAACUGGAGGAACCUACAGACAAGACGACAACAAUAGGGCAAAAGGAAGAGGAAAAGAAGGAGGAGGAGGCAGAUAGAAAAGAGGUACCUCUGUAUUUGGACAGCAGGCUUGCAAUGACCUCCCAGCCCAAGCCCCGACACUUAAACCUCCUCUGCGUAGAUCAUUCCAUUAUGGAGAUGCAGAGAAUCUACCCUGAUCUAGCCUUCAGGGGUCGCCCUCUGGUAUCAGACAAACCUCACCAAGCCAACAGCAGCAGGAGCAGCAGUAAAGAUGCUCAUACUGCCAUGGGUAAUUAUGGUGAUGACGGUAAAGUUGCUGAGCUCUGCAAAGCAGAUUGCAUUAAAGGCACCAAAGCUGCUGCUACAGCUGUCGGUAGUAGAAGUGAUAGCAGCAAAGCUGGUGACGUGUUUUGUGACGAUGGCAGAAGUAGAGGUUGUAACGACGGGAGCGGUGGUUGGAGCACACCCCCAGGAAACACUGCUAGCAGUAGCUUCAGUCACACUGAUGGAAGCAGAGUUGAUGAGGAGCUCAGUGGUCCUCAGGCCAUUUCCCUGCACAUCACACUGCGAGCUGGAUCUAAAGCAGAGCCAAGCCUGAAGCCUGGAGAGUGUCAGGCCACAGCAGAGCCUCCUGCCUGGACGCAGGAGCAGGCCACAGCAGAGAGGAAGAGGCUGGCCAAAUCAGAGCUUCCCUCUCUAGGCUCUGUGGAUGAGGAUCAGAACCUGAGAGAGCUGGCAGAGAGGAUGGGCCAGCUCCAUGUGCAGGACACCAGAGAGGAGGUGAAGAGAAAGGAAGAACACAAGAAAGGACAGGAGAAGACGAAUAAUGAGAGGGGGAAGAAAGAGCUUAGAAAGACGAGCACUGAGGGAGGAGUGGAGGAGCAGAAUCUCAGGAAGCCGGUGAUGGAGACCGGUCCGGCACUGAGCCACGGUGCCAGUAGAUGCUCCAGAUCCUCUCAGCAUGAGCCUGCAGUGAUUAGAGAGCAGAAGGGGCAUCACACUUCACCCCUGACUGUCAAUGCAGCAGACUGUGAGAGCUGUAAAGGUGGAGGCAGCACAGGACAGCAGGAAGGAGAAGACAAUGGAAAAGCAGGAACAGGCCGAGGAGAGGAGCUGCUGGCACAGAGCUUUGUUAUUGUUGAGCGUCACAAGAAAUAACUCAAGGUUGGCCUCAAGGUUCAUUUCCAUGUAUGGACGUACAUUAGUAUCAGAGCUUGAGCUUAGAUAUUGUCUGAUUUCGGUCGUCACUGUAUCACAUUUACUCUUUCAGGAGUGAUACUGCACCCAGAUUGUAAAACAGCAGCUGUGGCCUCAAGCAGACCUUAAAGGGAAUAAACUUUCUCUGGCACAUUGUGUGAAAACUUUGGAGGUUUGUCAGUUAUAUCCUUCUUCUUUUGAACAUAACAUAAGAAGUUGUGAUAUUGGGAAAGCCCAGGGUUUGUUUAAUCCCAUGUAUCAUGAAGAUUCUGUUAAAACUGCAAAUUACUGCCAAUUGUUGUGCCUAUAUUCAUGUGGAUGGCAAAGUAAGAAUUUCAUUGUACAGGGAAACAC